GCAAAAGUAGCAAAAACACAGAGUAUUAACAUACCUGAUGCUGAUCUCAACUCACCACUGCACCUUUGGGCAUCACUAGAAUUACCAUCACCUCAAGACUAUACCAGUAAUGUUACUAAAGAUCUCACAUUUGACAAAUUCUUACAAACAUUGUUAAACUACCUCGUAAGAUGUGGAGUAAAACUGAAUGUCAGAAAURGUGCCGAUCAAACCCCUUUACAUUURUGCAAGACCUGGAUAGCUGUGAAGCUGUUGCUUGAUGCUGGAGCAAAGACUAACGUUGUCGAUUCAUCAGAAACAUCACCUCUUGCUGCCGCGUCUAAGAAAAAGGUGCUAUAUGAUGGUCAUUAUCAGAAUCGUCUUUACCCAGAUGUUUCAAMCUUAGCAGAUCCAAAAUCCUUUUGGGAAACUGCCAUUGACAAGGGGCUUGAUCCAUGGACAGGCGAMAAAGAGGGUGAGUCAGUUUUGAAUAUUCUCAUUAGACACAAUGAGUUUGUUCUUGCCAAAGCUUUGAUCGACGUGGCUUGUGACCGGAAAUACACUCAGUCCGAGACAUUUGCAGUUGGUCUUUUGAAUGCCAUCUGUAAAGACGAAUCAACACGAACGAAUUGGAAAAGCAUUAUUGUCCUCGAUAUUUUGAAGGCAAGGAAAGGUCCCACAAAUGCGUCGGAACCACUUCGUCUUUGCUGUAGAAAUAUGCUACAAAGUAGCGUAUUGGAUGAUAACAAUGCAAAAGGGAAGUAUCCGUCUUCAUCUAAUGAAGAAGGAGAUGAUGAUUGGCAACCUACAUCAAAGAAAAGAAGAAUGGACCCAUCAAUCUUUUCAAUACAAGCAAAGAUUGAACACUCGUCUGUCCAUUGUGAAAUCAUUAAGAUCCUUCGAUUGUAUGGAGCUGAUGGCAAUUCUUGCUUGGACAUGGCAGACUCUUCUGAUGCUCUUAAAGAACUCCUCACCGAACCCUUAGAUAUCGACCCAGUGUCUGUACUCAUUCCAUGGACUUCUACGUCAAAGAAAUACGAAGUAAAAUUGGCCAAAGUUGCUAGGCGACAAGAGUGCGAUUUGAUCCAUGAGGAAUUUUGGUGUCAUAACGAACACGUAGGAAGUGGAUCGUUUGGACUUGUCUUUGUUGGAAUCAAUGAAAAGGAUGGCAGAGAAGUGGCCGUCAAGCGCAUUGAGAAAUUACGUAUGCAGCGACCAGAAGACAAACGAGAGAUUACAAAUCUCACAGCGCUUGCAGACUGCGAACAAAUUGUUCGUUAUUUGUAUUUCUUCGAAGAGGAAAAGUUCUCAUACAUUGUUUUAGAACUGAUGGAAGGAAAUCUUGACGAGUACCUUACUGAUGGUUCCACAUUUGACGUCACAAAAAGUACUCACCUUUGUCAAGAUGUAGUCAAGGGGUUGACGUUUCUUCAUGAGCAGAAUAUUAUUCAUCGCGACCUGAAGCCAGGGAACAUUCUUUACAAAACACAUCCUCAUCUUCGUCUGAAAAUUGCAGACUUUGGUCUCAGCCGUCGCAUUGAUAAUAGCGCAACCACAGUGUAUGGUACUAAUGCAGGAACGAGGUGUUGGAUGGCUCCAGAAGUGUUGGUGGAUAUUCGGGAUCAUUCGAAGGCAUCCGACAUGUUUUCAUGUGGACUUGUUCUUUAUUACAUCCUGUCAGUACAAAAACACCCAUAUUCUAAGAACAAUAGUCAAAUGCUUCAUGAAAUAGAAACCAACAUGACAAAUGGGAGAAUAGAAGGAUGGGAUGACUGUCUUUCUCCAGAAGCUACUCACCUAAUGAAGAACAUGCUUGAUAUUGAUAAAAACGAUCGACCAACGGCAGGAAAAGCUUUGGAUCAUCCAAUAUUCUGGUCGAGUGAGAAAAAAGUCGAUGUUCUUGUUGCUGUCGGAAACCAGACAGUGUUUGAAUACCCACUUGCGGGAAGAUCAACUUGUCUAUCUGCUGUGGAGACCGACUUGGAGAAGAGCUUUAGUACCAUAGUUGAGCAUGGAGUGUGGAAUGACCCAAGGUAUAAGGACAUGCCUGAUAUCUUUGCUGAAAUGACGUCCAGCAAGAGAAAGUCUUACGAUACUCACUCUGUAGUAGAAUUAGUGCGGUUUGUGCGAAAUGCUUACGCUCAUGUCUCUGAAGGCACACGACCAAAAGCAAUCAGGAAGAUGUUACUGGAAGACUUUGUGUUUCUGGAGUAUUUCCCUCAUCUUGUGAUGGAAGUGUACAAGGUUGUGACCGCUCAUGGAUGGGUUCAUACAGUAGAAGAAAUCAAGUAUGCUAUGAACAAGUAAAAGCUGAUGACUGUCAUGUACUGUGUGUACCAACGUCACGGAAACACAAGAGACACAAGAUUGUUAUCAACCAUGUAUGAACACUGGUAUUGUAAAGGACCAUCAUUGAUAUAUAAUUGAUUUAGUAGGGGAGGGGAGGGGUAUCAAUCAGUAGGACAUACAAGACACAUCACUGUACAAAAUACACUGGUAUUAAA